AUGUUGCUCGACCCGCCAACUUACCUAGCGUCGCUGCAGACCAACAUUCGCCAGCGCCCGAUCCCGUGGGACGGUGCCGUGCGCGCAGGUACUCUGACAGAAGAGCAGCUGGCCCGCAUCCGCUCUGUCGACAAGCUCAAGCGCGAUGCCCGCAAGGAAGCCGUCGAGGCUGAUCUCGACGCCUACGUCGCCCUCUUCGUCGGCAGCGGCAGCAGCAAGGGCGUCCUUGAGCUGGCUUCCAAGCGCCAGGACGUUGUACAGUACGCCCUGGUGCUGCUGAACGACCUGUUGUCAGCCGCGCCCGCGCUGACGAAGGCGUUCCUUCGCUCGGGAGACCCGUAUCCGCAUUUCUUGCCGCUGCUGGCGCGGUCGAAUAAUACCGAUGAUCCCAUUCCUCUGCUUACAUCGAUCGUCCUGGUCAAUCUGAUGGCCGGCGCCCGCGACGAGUCCCCCAUUACCAUCACCAAGGCCCUGCCCGUCGUGUUCAGCUACUUGUCAACCCUGACCAAGAGCACUGAUUCCGCACUGCAAGACAUUGCUGUGCAGGCUUACUCGUCGCUGCUCUAUAGCCGGGCGCCGAGGAAGCAGUUUUGGAAACAGAGGAGCGAAACUGUGACGCCCCUGAUUGACAUCCUGCGUGCUGCUGCCGGUGUGAAGAAUAGCAAUGCUUCGGCUAGUUUAUGGAGCGGUACAACAGCUACGGCUAGGACUGGGUUUGAGGGUUCCCUUGGUGGUGGUAUUGGGCUGCAGCUCCUCUAUCGGGUCUUGUUAGUUAUGUGGCAGCUGAGCUUUGAGGCUGCUGAAAUUGGCGAUGAUUUGAACGAUGAAUACGACAUCGUCCUCCUCUACACUCAACUCCUGCGCCUAUCCCCCAAAGAAAAGACAACCCGUCUCCUCGUCGCCACAAUCCUCAACCUCCUCACUGCCAACCAAAACACCCUCCUUCCGACUGCCGUUCUGGCCCGUCUCCCCUCUCUCCUGCAGAACCUCCAAACCCGCCAGUGGGCCGACCCAGACCUGCGCGAGGACAUGGACCGCUUACGCGAACUGGUUGAGGAGUACACGCGCACGAAGACCACCUUCGACGAGUACGUGGGCGAGCUGAACUCAGGCCAUCUGCGCUGGUCCCCCCCUCAUCGCAACGCCGUCUUUUGGGCUGAGAACGCCCGACGCAUCCUGGAGCACGAGAAUGGCGCUCUGGUGAAGCGGCUCGCCGAGAUCAUGAUGAAACCGUGGGAUAAUGAUAAGGCAGUAUUGGCGAUCGCGUGUAAUGAUGUUGGGUUUUUGGUCAGGGAGGUGCCCGAGAAGAGGAGCCAGCUGGAGAAGUUGGGAAUUAAGACGAGGAUUAUGGAAUUGAUGGGGGAGGCAGAUGAAAAUGUGAGGUGGGAGAGCUUGCGGGCGCUGGGCGGGUGGUUGCAGUAUAGCUUUGAUACGAACGCCUUUACCCAAGAACAAGCUAACUCUCUGAGUAUUACUGGCUGGGUUCGCAACACCCCCAAUGGCAAGGUCGAAGGCGAGGCCCAAGGCUCCGAGGAGAACAUGACUGCCUUCAUGAUGAAAUUGCUCCAGGGUCCAAAGCUGGCGCACGUGGUCAAGUUGGACAAGGAGGAGAGGGAUGUGGUUGAAGGAGAGGUGGGGUUUGAGAUUCGUCGUGGAAGCCACUAA